AUGGGAACUCCUUACCCUAACCCCAUUUCUCCUUCCCAAACCCGCAUAGGCUGGAUUGGCAUAGGCGUCAUGGGAGCUGCCAUGGCCUCCCGCCUUCUCUCAGCCGGCUACUCCCUCACCAUCUACGCUCGCACUCCUUCAAAAGCUCAUCCCCUCCAAUCCCAAGGUGCCCAACUCGCUGAUUCCCCAUUUCAACUAGCUCAACUCAGCGACGUCGUCUUCACAAUGGUGGGACACCCACCAGAUGUUCGAUCAAAUAUCCUCGACCCAGAAACCGGCCUUCUCUGGGGCCUCCGCCCAAACUCGGUCUCCGUCGACAUGACAAGCAGUCAUCCAGCCCUUGCCCGCGAGAUUUUCAAUGCUGCGCGCGCCAAAGAUUGCUGGACUGUCGAUGCGCCAGUGUCUGGAGGUGACAUUGGCGCUAGAGAAGGCAAACUCGCCAUACUUGCCGGCGGUGAUGCUUCCGUGGUCGAGUGGUUGGCCCCAGUGUUUGAUGUUUUGGGGAAGGUUACUUACGUGGGUCCUGCGGGCUCCGGCCAAAACUGCAAGAUUGCAAACCAGAUUGUUGGGGGGGGCGAAUUUGGUGGGGUUGAGCGAAGGGUUGGUGUUUGCCGAGCGGGCCGGGUUGGAUGUGCGGCAGUUUAUGGAGGCAGUGAGGGGCGGGGCGGCCGGGUCAAUGGUGAUGGAAUUGUUUGGGGAAAGGAUUAUAGGGAGGGACUUCAGGCCUGGUGGGUUUGCUGA